AUGAAGCGUAACAAAGCGAAGCUACGAAAGCGAGAAUUGGAAGGUGCAGAACCUGCACAUAAAGACCAGAACUGUUUGAGGAAUUAUGAUUGGCUCAAAUUGGUCAUAAUCACCGUAUUAGCUACUGGUCCUUACAUUCCGUCCCUUGACGGCGAGUUUGUCUUCGACGACUCGGCCACCAUCCUCAACAACCCGGUAGUUAUCGGAAAAACUCCGCUAAAGCAGGUUUUCACCACGGACUACUGGGGACAUCCUAUCGCCUCACCGCAGAGUCACAAGAGUUACAGGCCAUUGACGACGCUGACAUUCUGGUUGAACUACCGUUUCCAUGGUGAAUGGAUACUACCGUAUCACUUGCCCAACAUCGCUUUACAUGCCAUAGCCUCUUUACUGGUCUUCUUACUUGUACGAGAGUUACGGCAUGUUACCGAGCAAUCGUUUAUAUGUGAUGAAGCUUUCGUGGCUUCGGCACUUUUCGCUGUCCAUCCAGUGCAUACCGAAGCGGUUGCUAACAUCUCUGGCAGGGCAGAACUUCUGAUGAGCGUUCUCGCUUUGUUUGCACUCAUUUGCUAUCAAAAGCACAUUCGAGAGGACUUUGAAGGAAGAGCGAUCAUUUUGUUUUCUAUCAUGGUGGUAUUGUCAGUAUUCAGCAAGGAACAAGGCAUUAUUGUACUGCCAAUUUGCGUAUUUCUGGAAGCUUUACAUUGCUUCGACACUAGGAAAAAAUACGGAGCUGCAGCUUUGCGAUGCUUCAUGCUUUUCAUCUUUACUUCAUUUUUGACAUAUCUGCGGAUUUACAUCAACAACUUUACCGCACCAAAAUUCACGGAACUGGACAAUCCAGCAGCUUAUGUCAAAGACUCAAUUUUGAGGGUGGCCUCCUACUCUCACCUAUGGUUGAUCAAUCUCCGAUUGCUGCUGUUACCGUACUCGCUCUGCUUUGACUACAGUAUGGGCUGCGUUCCACCAAUCACGAGCUGGAGUGACUACCGUGUUCUGUCCUUACCUGCAGUGGCAUUUCUGCUAAUUAUUACCCUCUACAUUCUUUACAAGCUUGAUGAUAGGCUCUUGAUCUUUGGUGCUAUUCUUGGAGGAAUUAGUUUCCUACCUGCUAGUAAUCUGCUAAUUACCGUUGGAUUCACCGUGGCCGAGCGUGUAUUGUAUCUACCGUCGGUUGGCCUUUGCGUCAUGGCAGGCGUACUGUACUCGCGGGCAUCACGUCACUACCGUAACACGGACAAGAUUGCCUUAGCAGUUCUUGUGAUUGCUAUGACAAUAACAUACCAGCGAUGUGAGGAAUGGCGUACUGAGUUGGAUCUCUAUACCAGCGGGCUAAGAGUCUGUCCAGAAAAUGCCAAGAUUCAUUAUAAUCUGGGAAAGGUGUUGGGCAAAACCGGGAAUGUUGACGCGGCUGAGCAUAACUAUUGGAAUGCCAUACGUUUGAAUCCAAGCUACGAGCACGCUCUAAAUAACCUGGCAAAUAUUCUGGAAUCCAAAGGAAGAAGCGCAGACGCAGAGCAUCUAUUAAGACAAGCCCUUCGUAAAAGACCAACGUUCGCGGUAGCUUGGAUGAAUCUCGGCAUAACCCUGAUGAACCAGGGGAAGUACCAGGAAUCGCUAGGAGCAUACCGGAAGUCUCUGCAUCUUCGACCAAAUAACGUCGAUUGCUUGUUCAAUCUGGGUAACUUAUACCAACGAAUAGGUCAGCCACAGAGCGCACUAAAUGCCUGGAGAAUCGCAACGAGAGUUGAUCCCAACCACAAUCAAGCAGUAACCAAUCUUUUCGUGCUACUGGAUGAGCUUGGCCGGUGCGAUGAUGUGCUCGAAACUGCAAAGACUCUACCGGAAGCCAUGCUAAAAGACGUGGCCCCAAUAGCAUUCCAAGUGGGCACUUGCUUUGGGAAAAAUGGUAGCUUUUUGGAAGCAGAAUGGCAUCUGAAAAGGGCUCUACAACUUAGCCCUUUGAAUGCUAUGUAUCAUGCUAAUUUGGGAGUGGUGUACCAACGCUGGGCUCAAUACGAGCUGGCAGAAUACCACUACCGCGAAUCAUUGUUACUCGAUGGAAGCGAGUUAGUGAAGCUUAAUCUGAAAGCGGUGCUGCAAAAGCUGAACAGGACCACCACCAAAGUUGAACGAAAUGAUUUUGUUAGACAACUUGGCUGCCUGGCAUUACCUUGA